UCAAUGCGCAUGUCAAGUUGAAAAUUGCAAAUGGCGUCCGUUGUUAUUGUUCGUACCGAAUAACUAUUUGUAAAAUAUAUACUAAUCUUUUUAGCGAUUUUUCUAAUGGACUGUUAUAAUAAUGCGAUGCUUUAACUUCUUAUGAUUCGACGCGACACGUUUUAUGUACGUUUUUAUGUGUUUUGAGUGUUUAUUUCAAAUUCUAUGUGUGUCAUGCAAAUGGGGAUGAUUUGGAACACGACAGACUAGAAAUUGUGUGUUAUUGAGCGUAAUGUGACAUUGUAUGAUAGUAUGGCAGCGGAUAGCGACGGGCUAGGCUCGGCGGGCGGCGGCACGUGCGGCGUGGUGGUGACAUGCGAGGGCGACCUGCGCGACCCGCGCUUCCCCGCGCGUCUCCGCCGCCUGCUGCGCGAGCUGCGCGCGUUACUCGCCGAGCCGCACCCGCACACGCUCAAAGUGAACAAGGUGGAGCCGUGGAACUCUGUGCGCGUGACGCUGUCGGUGCCGCGCGCGGCGGCGGCGCGGCUGCGCGCGCUGGCGGCGGCGGGCGCGCCUCAGCUGCGCGCGCUCGGCAUCCUGUCCGUGCAGCUGGACGGCGACGCGGCCGUGUCGCUGCGGCUGCAGCACGGCGCCGAGCUGCGCAUCAACACCGCGGACGCGCCGGACGCGGGCUCGACCGAGCUGCUGGCCGGCUUGGGCGGGCUCGGCCGGCUCAUCGCGGACGACGGCGCGUCCACCAGCGCCGAGCCGCCGCAGAACAGCUUCAAGUCGCCCAACACUGUGUGCCCGAUGGACGGCAAGAUACCGCAGAACAUUCCCACCGCCACCAGCGACCGCUGCGAGUUCCCCUUCGGCAGCAUGACUCAGGCGAGGGUCAUACACCGCAAGGAGAACACGUUAGGUAUAGGCCCCUGCGCGAGCAGCCUCCGACCCGGCACGUCAGACGCGCAGUUCGUGCGUCCAUCCACGUCCGCGUUCGCGGGCCCCCCGCCGCCGUACCCCGCGCCCCCGCCGUCGCCGGCAGCGUCCGCGCCCCCCACGCCGCCGACCGCGGCGCCCCCCACGGUCGCCAUGUCGUCUCCCCUGCUGGUGAACUUGCUGCAGACCGACGCGCCGGCGCCGCAGCCCAGGCCGAAGCCAGCGCAGCAUCCGGCGAAGCUCGACCGGCUCGAAGACUCGCAGGUGGAGUUAGCAGUGGGCAGAGCGCCGUUCGAGUACCGGGGCGGGCGGGCCGCGACCCCCCGGCCGAGCGUGCCCGCCGCGCCGCCGUCGCCGCGGCCUCCGCCCCGCCCCGCGCCAUUCGUGCGCCGCGCGUUCCCCCCGCGGCCUACGCAGCCAGUGCAGUAUAGGACCCCCGCGCCGAACGCCACGGUCGUUGGUCGAGCCAGGUUUCCCACUUCGUCGUAUACAACGGAAACGUUCUCAGCGCCGCCGCCGCCGCCGUACCGCCAAGCGCUGCCCCGGCCGCGGCUGCCGCCCACUAGGGUCACGCCCGAGGACCUGCAGGCCUUGCUGCCUCCCCCUCCCACUUCCAUGGAUCAAAAGACGCAGUCUAGUUUUCAGGAGUUUCAGAGGUAUCAACAGCAGUACAACGCGCGGCAGCGUGCGGCCUCCAGGGCGGCGUCCCAGCCCGACUGGAACGAGCCGUACCGGGACACGCUGGGCUUGUCCAUACCUGACCUGCCGGACAACUGCGACCUCGACCAGCUCCUGCCCACGCUGGGUGGAGACCUCCACCUGGACGACACCGCCCUCUCCGCUAUAUCAGAUCUAGACACCAACUCCAAAUUAGACCUGCUCUAUGGCACCUCUCAAGAUGCGCUCCACAACGCCAACGAGUCCACCCCAGACGCCCUCCUCCAGGAGAUCACCGGUGGCCAUUUUCCACCCACCCUCAAUGGGCCGUACACACAAGAGAUGGCCCCUUCCACGAGUCAAACGAACGUGAAUAACGAUGUGCCUUCUAAACCUGCGGACCCUCCGUUCCAGUUGAAUACGGAGACCGCAUUCAUGCCGCCGCCUCCCGUGCCCCCGCAGACUUCGAAAUUCCACACGAACUCCCCAAACCACACAAACUCCCCAAACCAUUCUAACUCCCCAAGCCACACGAACUCCCCAAACCACACGAUAGUUAAUACGCAUCAUCCGCCUUUUAAAUCGCCUCCGAACACGUCGUACACGUCCCUGAGUAGUUUAAAUUCGGACAGAUCGAUAGACAGGAGUAUGAAUCAGUCGUCGACCAUGCCACCCCCGAUGAGACUGCCCAUGAGGGCAGCGUCGGUGGCCACGGCGACCGUGGGCUCGCAGGCUUCUGCGCAGGAAAUCGAGGAGCAAAGCAAGCAGUAUCUCAUCAAAACUCUCAUGAGGGACGACGACCCUCCGCCGCCGCCGCCGCCACCGCCACAGCCGCCGAAGCAGCAAGAAAAGAAAGUCGAAGAGGUGACCGUAGUCGCUCAGUGUAAAGUUAAGGAGAUAGCCACUGAAACGACACCAGAAAUGUUCGGUAUCGCAAAAGUGGUGGAGGACGAAAGUAAAAAAGAAGAGGAUUUAAAGGUGAAAAAUAAAAUUAUUAAGAAAGAUGAUAAGUUGCUAGCGCAGAAGGGUGGCAAGCCGAGAACAGGUGGAGCAAAAGAGAAGCCUGCUGUUCUGAAGGAAAAGAUAGUGAAGGAUGUAAAACCUACCAAAGUUGCCUUACCGCGACCGCACGUCGCGAAACCUGCUACUCCCGCGCCCGAGGCGCCUAAGUCGCCUUCUGGAGAAAAGGAGUCCAUCAAGUUGAGGUUGAAGUUAGACAAGAAUGAGCCCAUCGUUCAGCCUGUAUACAAGGCUGACGUGUCAUUCGUCAAUCAGCCAGUGAAAGGAGAGAAACCUGUAGAGGGUGAGCUCCGGGUGCCACCCUUACAUAUAAGCUUGAGAGGAAGAAAUUCGGCAGUUAUAAAGAACUCGAAGAAGGAAAAGAAAAAGGUUGGACCGGGUGAACUCAACUUGAAAAAGAUUAAGAUUAGAAAGUCUCUGGAGUCAGAUGAGAAGUCUCACAGACGAGAUUCUGAAGAGAGUCUCGCUUCAAAAUCGGGUGAUAGCACUGAAAACUCAAAGACUGAUGAGUAUUUACAUGUUAAAAAUAUAAAGCUAAACAACCACUAUGGUGAGGGGGAGAUAAAGACAGAUAUCACGGGAGACAACAAUGUUGUGUACAGAAUGAAGACAUUGUCAAAGAAUGCACACAUAGUGACAAAGUCACACGACUACAAAUUCAACAACAAAGUGCAAGGUUUGGUGAAGAAGAAGUCCAAGCUUCUGAAUGAGAGUAGUAAAUCCUUGGACAAAGAGAGAGACAAAGAAUGGAGGAACGACUUGUUAGAGAAGGAGGGGAAAUAUGCGCAGAACGAGGGCUACAGAGAGAUGGCCAACAACCAUGAAUUGAAAAAGAAGUUACCUACGUCAAAAGUAGAUAAAGAAGGUGUUAAAUGUGAUAACUCAAAGUCCAGUGAGGUAAAGACAGUGUUGGAUGCGGACUAUGGUGAAGUGAAAUCUGGUGCUAGUGAGUUGGACAGUCGAUUGUUAAAGUGUCAUAAGAGCCUCGAACGGACGCUCAGUGUAGACGAUGACAAAUAUGAACGCGACGAUAAUAAACUGAAACGGACACUUACAGAUAGUGCAAUAGUAUCACCAAACGGAUUGAUUGCUUCAGAGAAGAAAAGGAAGACGAGCCAUAGUUCCUGUCCAGAUCCCCCUGGUUCGACAAACGUAGGCACAAUAGGCAGCAGUCGCGUGGAGUCGCCGCCGCCCGCCGCGCAGCGCGCCGGGGCGCUCUCCCCGCGCCGCAAGGAGCGGCCCAAGGACAAGUCGUACUGCAAGCUGGUGGCCGAGCGCACCGCCAGGCCGGACUCCGACAAGUUCGGCAACCGGUCGCCCAACUCGCAGGCGCAGGGCGAGGACUCCGGGAUCGAGUCCAUGGACGCGCUCUCCGAGAAAUCGCCCAACCAGGCGAGCCAGUCGCCCCCCGGCCCGCAGAGGAAAGAACGGUUAGACAUGCCCCGCUCCACUAGUCCCACUUCGGUGCAGAGGAUAAUAGGCGUCAUAGAGCAGCCGCCGGCGUCCGACGAGCUCCUGGAGCGGCUGUCGCUCGCCGACGCGCAGCCGCACUACGAGCCCGUGCCGCCCGACCUGGACGACAUGGGCGACAUCGAGGCCGAGCUCGCCAAGAUGCACGCCGACCACGUCAACGGCGACGACGCGCCGCGCCGCCCGCCCGCCGACGCGAUAGCCAAAGAGGGGACGAGGGAGCCCACGCCCAUCCUGCGCGACGAGGACAAGCCCGUCUCCGGCCUGGACAAGAGCGCACUGAAGUCGGAGUCCAUGUCGGUCGGCGAAACUAAACUAGAAUCUAAUAUUGCUCAAAACGACGGGUGUAAAGAGGAAGCGACGAUGUCACCCAAGAAGGAAAAAGGGCUGGACGAUUUCGAUCACCUGCCGAGCAGAGUAUCGCCGCCGCUUUUCACGUACUCCAACCAAGAAAAGGUUUGCGCGAACGACUCCCCUGAAGCGAAAGAGGACAAAUCUUGUGUCGUCUCCGAGAACGGCGACUCGAAAGACGGCCACGGAGCGAAGCAGGAGCAGAAAAUGGAACGAUUGCCGCUCAAGGCCGACUUUCCGGACAAAAGCUUACUAGAGCAAUUGUUAAUAGAGAUUCCUACGCCGGAGUACGUCGGCAAGAGGCCGGAGUCGCCGUCCCCUUCGGCCCUGGAGAGGGUGGCGCGGAGCAGUGUCCGGACCAGGUCGAGCAGCAAAAUGAACAGCCCGGCGGACGGGCCGAAGACGCCGCGGCUCAGCCCGGGCACCGUGAAGGCGGAGCGCUCGGACUCGCCGGCGCUGCAGCCCAGGAACUGUCUGCGCAGCGGCUCCGUCGACAAGAUCAGCCCUCGGACGGCGAACGCCGUGAGCGCGCCCACGAAACCUCCGCCCGGCGUCAAACGGAAGCGGCGCGAGUCGGAGAGCUCGUGCGCGUCCACCGUCAGCUGCGAGGAGGGGGUCUCUCCCGGCCGACUGAAGAAGAAGCCGAGACGGUUGGACCAGAAGAUCAUAGCCGCCGUCGUGAGCGGGGGCAAGUUGAAGAAGGAGUCGGACAGCGACAGUGACGAGCCGCUGAUCUGCAAGGUGCGGGGCAAGGGGGUGAAGGCGGUGAAGCCCGGGCUGAAGGUGGCCGGCAAGGGCACGGAGGGGGUGGGCACGCGGCGCUCGGUGCGGCACGGCUCGGCGCCGCUGCCCGCCGCGCCCGCGCCGCCCAGCAGCGCGCCCGCCAGCGCGCCCGCCAGCACGCCGCAGCGACGGAAAACGCGCAGUGCGGUGGGUGAAGGAGGUGCGCCGAGCGCGGGGGCGGUGCGGCGACGGCGCGUGUCACGAGACGGCAAGUGACGGCGGCGCCGCGCGGGCUGUGCCGCGCCCUCGCCCCUGCCGUUGCCGUUGCCGCUGCCGCUGCCGUUGCCGUUGCCGCUGCUCUACCCGCUCGAAUGACCCGCCGUACACCAGCUCCGCAUACUACGACCAGUUGACCACUGGCUGUGUACCAUCCAACCCCCGUUGUCCGGUGAUAGACAAAGUGAUGCGGUUAUCAGGAAUCCAAAGUGCUUUUGUGUGCAAAUUUUUAUGGGAUUUAAAAAAAAGUUUUUUUUAUGAAUCUCACGAGUUUGUAAAAUAAAAAUUAAAUAAUGAAAAAGUUAAUUAUUGAAUGUUCGUGCAAUAAUGUGGAAAAAAUGAUAUCCUUUGAGGAGUUUUUAAUGAUAACGAGAGUUUUUAAUGUGUGCUUUUUUUAUAUUAAUAAAAAAAAAUUAAAUAAUAAUUUCACGUAUGUGAUAAAGUGUUCAUGCGAUCCUGAUACCAUCUGUAGAACCAGACGGGGCGUGAGACUUUUUUAGAACUUCUUUGUUUUUUAAAUUAGUGAACAAAUCAUGUUACCAUUCACUAUAAAGCACUCGACGUUUUGUUUAAUUGUAAGUUUGUUUCUUCUAUCGACUAUUUUUAAGAGCGUCUUAAUUACCAUAGGGCCUGACUCGGUAUAGGAGUCCGAGCCAACCGUGGAGCCUUAGUUUAGCAUAGAGAUGUAUCAAUAUUGUACAAAAGAGCACUCGUCUUAUAGGCACAUUGUUAUAAUAGGAUAAAUAACCGAGAGAUAUACAGAAGUAAAUGCAUAAAGUUUUAAAAAGAUAUUUUCAUACGUUUUUGCACGUAAAUCGUAGGCGUCGUAAUAUGUGAACUGCGUUGUAGUUUUAAUAUGCCCCGAUGGGAAGUGGCCGUCUUUAUUAUCACAACGGUAGGGAAGUUAUGAAUAUCUGUGUACCAUUCAACAUUGAGCCACUAUAUAAAGUUGCAGUGAUUUUCGUUGACAACUGUAUUAGAUGAUCUGAUAUGAAUAUUUCAACGAAAUCACGUUAUUGCAACCUAAUUUAGUUGAAACAAUCAUGUUAGAUGAUCGCAAAAAUGGACAAAUUUCUUCCAACUAGUAACUCAUAUUUUAAACUGUGCACAGCAUAAUACAUAAUUAUAUCUAAUAUUUAUUAUGAUUUUUUUUAAUUAGUUAUUAUUGUUAAUAUAAUAUUACCUUAUUGUAAAAGCUUACAGCCCUCAUUUUUAAAAAAUUACAAAAUCUUUACAUACAUUUAAAUUACAAAUAGGUAUCAUUAUUGUCCUAAUUCAAUUUAAAGUCAGCUUGCCUUAAACAAAAAAUGAAAGCUAUUCAUUUCAAAGAGUAGAAGGGUGAAAAAUAAAUUACUGUCUAUUAUCACACCUAUCAAAACUAAUAAAAAGAAAUCAUUAAAAUCUGUUAAGACAUUUUGGAGAUUGCAAACACUAACAUGAGAUUUUAGUGUACAUUUAGAUUUUUUCUCAUGAUACUAUAAUUUUUUAAACAGCUGCUAAAAUUUUCUAUGUGUGGCUGUAUGUACUUAUAUGUUAUUUAUUUCUUGAAUGUACUUCAGUAUGUUUGUUUUCUUGUUUAAAUCCUAUUCAGUCCUGAAUGGACUGCCACUUCCCGUGCGAGGCACGCCUCUACUACGAUGUAACGUUAGCGAUUUUGUAAGUAAGUAAAUUCACGACCAAUAAUUGUAAUUUAAAUGUGACAUGAUACUUGGAUAAUUUGUUAGUGAACGGAUAAUAAUUGUGACUGAGUGUUUCAACAGUUUGUCUGUUUGGGCUUCCAGUAUACUAAACUAUUCUUUGUUUUAUCAUCCCCCCCUAUUUAAUUGUUCUACUACCCUCCAGUUCGUCUAUCCAGAUUUAUCACGGCCGGAAAGUUAAAAUCUUUAGUCUAUGGAAAGUUAAAAUCUUUCGUCUGUGGUCAUAUAUUUAAGCAAGAAAAUUUUCCAGCAGUCUAUGGUAACACAUUUAUCGUUAUUACGUCAUCGUAUAUCUAUUUUGGUUUCAAUUCCAAUGAAUUUAUGUUAUCAUUACUGCUUGCAAUACGAUUAAUAGAAAGAAUGAGAAAUUAAGUAUAUAUUUUUUUUUGGACAAUACGAGCCAAAACGCUUUCAGCCAUGAUAUUUUAUAUUUUCAUGAGGCCACGUAAACGCUAAACCUUAACCAAACGGUUUAGUUUUUGUCAAAAUUAUUAGUUAUUAAUUAAUUUGAAGUUUAUUCGAUUGAUUCGAUAAUACAUCAAAUAACAUUGUGACGGUACAAAAUGGAAUACAGCGUUUAUGGCGUUUGGAAAAAAUUCAUAACUUUUAAAUCAAGUCUUUUAAGACGUCCUUAAUUAUGACCCUUAUUCCAUGGUAAUACUGACUAGUAUUCGAUAGUAAUCAUAGUGGAGAAAUUCGAUAGUAACAGAAUGAAAUUAACUUCUUUUUUUAUUUAUAAUUAAAAAUAAGUAUUAUUUAAACGCUGCUCGAAAUAUCGACAUUAAAAAUCUCGUCGUUUUAUCGUGGUAUAUUUAAAUAAUAUUUGUAAUGAACAACCACGAUUAAUUUUAAAAUCAUUAAAAAUAGGUACAUUCUAUAUUUAUAAAAGAGCACCAAGAAUUUUUUUAUUAAAACGGCUGUAGUCAGAUGCGCCCAACAUAAGAUUGUGUUAAUUCAUGUUAAUGUAUUUUUUUUUCAACUCUAAUAAAUCUGGAUAGACCAUUCGAUCGCGUUUUUGACUUUUGAAAAUAAAUAAAUAGAUAAUUGUGUACCAGUGAUCCUAGCUUAGAGUUUGUAGGCUAGCCUUUUCUUUGCACUGUACAUAAUGAAUUGAAUUAUUAAAACAAUUAGUUGCCUAAGUAGAUGUUAGUAGUUGUAUCACAACUUGUUCACUUAGUCAUCAAUAAAUUAUGUUGCAUUAUAUUUAUGAAUGUUAAGUCAGCUGUAUUUCUUAAAAAUCAGUUUUAUAAUUUUUCAUCGUUUCAUUGUGGAAUUGAUUAACAGAUUUGUGCUUUUUCUGGCAUAUUUUAUCAAUAUUAUAAUCGUUUUUAUUAUAUUAGAUUAUAGUAUAGCUAUAUAGUAUUCUUUACUAAUUUUAUUUGCGGUUCCUAUGUCUGAAAGUAUGAAAUUCAAAGCAAUAAUUUGUGGAUGUGACAUUUCUGGUAUCGUUUGAUAGAAAUCGAUAUAUCCUCGACUGCCUUAACAUUUUUUAGUAUAUUAGAAUUUGCAUUAUAAUUGCGAUAAAUGUUUUAAAAGUUAAUAAAAAUAAUAAUAAAGAUUUUUGUCCUCAAUUCAACAAUGUUCAACUUUAUUAGGUCGGACAGUGAUAGUGCUACAAUACAAAAUAUUUAGAUCGUACGUAGUAUUUAUAGUAUAUUGAAUAUUUUAUAAUAAACAAUGCCUGAUAUAGUGCCCUAAAAUGCGUGCCGUGGUAUGGAGCUGUGUAUUCUAGUGUUAACGCAGCGGCGAGCCUUCGGGGUGGGCGGGGCUGUCUCACGCGAUUUUGUGUGACAAAAAAUGAGGUUUUUUUUUUCUUUUUAAAUUAUUAUUAGUUGAAAGAAUCGAGUUAUCUCGAUGUAUAAUCUCUUGUAAAUUUUUGUGUAUAGGCGGGAAAAUUAAUAUAAUAUGUUACGUGUUAAGUAAUUGUUUUUUUUUUCAUCUUGUUUGUUUUAAGUUCCGCAUACGUGGCGUUGUAUAUAUGGAGUUGCCUGUUGUGUCCUUCGAUAGUCUCCUGUAGGUAUAAAAAGCCUUGUACUGUAAUAUAACGUAUGACUCGCAAGCUUGUACCAUAUAAACAUAGUGAAUGGACUCCUCGGAAUUUAAUUUUGUAUAUUGGGUGUAUAGUUAUCGUUUAAUUUUUUUUUUUCGUUUUAUUUUCGACUAAUGAUAGUAAUUUAUGCCGAUAAAAAUAUCUAUUAUAUUAUACAUUUAUAUGUAUCUAUAAAAGAGAAAAAGAGAAAUACAAAUAGUUUAAAAACACUAUAAAUAUAGGCUUAGGGGUCACACCACACAUGAAAGAUAGUAUAUAGGUUUGGUAUGUAAACAUUUAAUAAAAUAAUAAAGAAAAUUGUAAAUAGAUCGCAGAAAUAGUGAAUAAAUAAAGAAUUGAUACAAUAAAAUUUAACUUUACGUUAUUGUAAUAUUUUUUCUAGUACGUGUUGUUAGAAGUACGCUUAGGUCAAUGAUAAAGCCUGUACAUUUGGUUGCUGCCGGAAAUCAUGAUGUUGCAACUAUACUUUUUUUUAAAUGUGCAUUAUUUUUCUGUAAGUUGCUUUCCCUGUCGUUCAUUAUUUUUUAAAUCAUAUAAUUAUA